AGUUGACAGGUGGGGUGGCACUCGCUUGUCAACUCAUUAAUUUUAAAACAGUCAGUUUGGGAGUGCUGCAGGAUAGUCGGGAGGGCUGUGGGAAGGCAAGAGGUGGCCUCCGGGAUGCCGGUGGUGGGGGGAGAAAAGAGAAGCCUCCAAAAGCUUGGAGGCAAAUUUGCGUUUGGGCUCCUGGUCCUUGCAGCCCUUCCGCUUUGAGUGAGGGAAAACACUUUUUGUGUGUGUGUGCGUUAAGACUCAGCGUGGAGAGAAAGCCUCCGUCCCAGGGGAGGAGAGGCGUCUGCAGCGGACAGAGACCGCAGCUACCUGCCGGGUGCGCCCCCCACCCCAGGCGCGCUCUCUUUGGUCCCCCCCUUUCUCUCCCGCCCCCACCUCCUUAUUGGUGCUGGUUUGCAGCGCUCGGCUCCUGCGCCUUCGCUUCGCGUUUGAAUCUGGCUUGCCCCUCCGUAUUAUGUCUGCACUCCGAAGGAAAUUUGGGGACGAUUACCAGGUAGUGACCACCUCGUCCAGCGGCUCGGGCUUGCAGCCCCAGGGGCCGGGCCAGGGCCCGCAGCAGCAGCUUGUGCCCAAGAAGAAGCGGCAGCGGUUCGUGGACAAGAACGGCCGGUGCAAUGUUCAGCACGGCAACCUGGGCAGCGAGACGAGCCGCUACCUCUCGGACCUCUUCACCACCCUGGUGGACCUCAAGUGGCGCUGGAACCUCUUCAUUUUCAUCCUCACCUACACUGUGGCCUGGCUCUUCAUGGCGUCCAUGUGGUGGGUGAUCGCCUACACUCGGGGCGACCUGAACAAAGCCCAUGUCGGCAACUAUACGCCCUGCGUGGCCAAUGUCUAUAACUUCCCUUCCGCCUUCCUCUUCUUCAUCGAGACCGAGGCCACCAUCGGCUAUGGCUAUCGCUACAUCACCGACAAGUGCCCCGAAGGCAUCAUCCUCUUCCUCUUCCAGUCCAUUCUCGGCUCCAUCGUGGACGCCUUCCUCAUCGGCUGCAUGUUCAUCAAGAUGUCCCAGCCCAAGAAGCGCGCGGAGACCCUUAUGUUUAGCGAGCACGCGGUGAUCUCCAUGAGGGACGGGAAACUCACGCUCAUGUUCCGAGUGGGCAACCUGCGCAACAGCCACAUGGUCUCCGCGCAGAUCCGCUGUAAGCUACUCAAAUCUCGGCAGACACCUGAGGGUGAGUUCCUUCCCCUUGAUCAACUUGAACUGGAUGUAGGUUUUAGUACAGGGGCAGAUCAACUUUUUCUUGUUUCCCCCCUCACAAUUUGCCACGUGAUCGAUGCCAAAAGCCCCUUUUAUGACCUAUCCCAGCGAAGCAUGCAAAGUGAACAGUUCGAGAUUGUCGUCAUCCUAGAAGGCAUUGUGGAAACAACUGGGAUGACUUGUCAAGCUCGAACGUCAUACACUGAAGACGAAGUUCUUUGGGGUCAUCGUUUUUUUCCUGUAAUUUCCUUAGAAGAAGGAUUCUUUAAAGUUGAUUACUCCCAGUUCCAUGCAACAUUUGAAGUCCCCACCCCACCGUACAGUGUGAAAGAACAGGAGGAAAUGCUACUUAUGUCGUCCCCUUUAAUAGCACCAGCCAUAACUAACAGCAAAGAAAGACACAAUUCUGUGGAAUGCUUAGAUGGACUUGAUGACAUUAGUACCAAACUUCCAUCUAAGCUACAGAAAAUUACUGGAAGAGAAGACUUUCCCAAAAAACUCUUAAGAAUGAGUUCUACAACUUCUGAAAAAGCCUACAGCUUGGGAGAUUUGCCCAUGAAACUUCAACGAAUAAGUUCAGUACCUGGCAAUUCAGAAGAAAAACUGGUAUCCAAAACCACCAAAAUGUUGUCCGAUCCCAUGAGCCAGUCAGUGGCUGAUUUGCCACCAAAGCUUCAAAAGAUGGCAGGAGGAGCAGCCAGGAUGGAAGGGAAUCUUCCAGCAAAAUUAAGAAAAAUGAACUCGGAUAGAUUCACAUAACAAAACACCCCUUCAGGCAUUAUUUACUGUUUGAUUUAGUAAUAGUCCCAUAUCUGGUGGAUGAGAUCAUCCUCUCUAAGGAAUCUGAAAGGUACAUUUCCCCCGAGUCAUAUAUGCAUAUUUGAGAACCCUUCCUUUUCAAAUAUUGCUACUGUGCAGAAAGGAAAAGUUGUGAAGGGAGAACACCACAAGGAGGUUCUUAUUAACGGGCAUGUAUUAUCACAUCCAGCAUGCAAUAACGUGCAAAUUUUGCAUUUAGUUUUAUGGCAUGAUUUCUAUAUGGUAUAUUUAUAUUGUAUAUUCUGGAAAAUGUAUAUAUAUAUAUAUACAUAUAUAUAUAUUUAAAGAGGUGGUACUCUCCACAACAUUUCUAAAAUAUGUAUUAAGCCAAACAUGAAUCAAUAGCUUUC